AUGGCUUUGGAGAUAAGAAAAAGACCAGUAGGUUCUCUACCUAGUGAUAUAGAGAUACCUCAGAGGGAAGGAAAAGAGCAUGUUAAGGUUGUUACUUUAAGGAGUGCAAAGAGUUAUUUAGAAAAUACCCAAAAAGAACAAAAAGAACCAAGCAAAGCAGAGAUUGAAAAGAUAAAUGUAGUACAAUAUUCUGUUACCUCUGUACCAGAUUUUGUGACUACCAUUCCUGUGAACCAUUCAGAGAGUACUAGUGAGCCUCAAACCAUAGUCAAGCCCAUUGAUAGUACAGCCAUUCAAGAAAGAUCAGAAUUUCCAUUGUUAUUCCCUGAUGAACCCAAGACAACCCAAACUCCCAACGAAAAUAUUGUAGUAAAUGUGUCACAAUCUGGUGACAGUCCCACAUUUGAUGUCCAGACCAGUCCUAUAAUCCCUUGUAGAACUGAAUCAGAACCUAUUUUGCACAUAAACAUACCCUUGAUUGAAGCUUUUGAGCAGAUGUCAAGUUAUGCAAAGUUUCUAAAGGACAUUUUAUGUAAAAAGAAAAAGUUGAAUGAGUAUGAGACUGUAGUUAUGACUGAAGGGUGCAGUGCUUUGUUGUCCAGUAAAAUCCCUCCUAAGCUGAAAGAUCCUCGAAGUUUUACAAUCCCUUGUUCAAUUGGAGGAAAAGAGAUAGGAAAAGCUCUAUGUGACUUAGGUGCUAGUAUAAACCUGAUGCCUUUAUCUGUCUUCAAUACCCUAGGCAUAGGUGAAGCUAGACCUACAAUUGUAACUCUGCAAUUAGCUGAUAAGUCCAUAACCUAUCCCAGAAGAAAGAUUGAGGAUGUCCUAGUACAGGUUAAGAAGUUUAUUUUCCCAGCUGAUUUUAUCAUCCUAGACUUUGAAGCCGACAAAGACAUUUCCAUUAUCUUAGGGAGACCUUUCCUAGCUACUGAAAGAACCCCGAUAGAUGUGCAGAAGGGAGAAUUGACCAUGAGAGUCCAAGACCAGCAAGUGACUUUUAAUGUUUCUAAUUCCCUUAGGUACCCUGAGGAAAGUGAAGAGUGUUCUACUUUAGGUCUGAUAGAAACCUGGUGUCAAGAGAAAAGUUUGGGAGAAAUCUCAAGUUUAUUUGAGUCUAAUAGUGAUGAAGAAGAAGAUUUUGAGGAAAUAGAAACACCACAAGACUCUGCUGCUUUUGAAGUUUUAGAAAAUGAGGAUAGGAAUACUCUUGUUACUUCCUUAGAUGUUGCACCAUACCUAGGGUUAAAACAACUUCCCUCAUAUUUGAAGUAUGCCUUUUUAGGAGAUGCAGGGAAGUUACCAGUCAUUAUUUCAUCAUCAUUAGAAACUAACCAAGAAAAGAAGUUGGUUGACAUGUUAAAACUUCAUACAAGGCCAUAG